UUGGUGGAGAAGAAAACCCCCGAUAGAAACAUGUUAGGGGGUGAGAAACCACCUUAGGAAACUGGGAUGCUAUCCGAGGGAAGAUGCACGAGCUGCAGGAAAGAAGUGGAAAUGGAUCUGUUGACCUCAUCUGGAAUUUAUAUUGCUUUCAGAAUGGAAAUAGCAGCCCCUCCUGAAAUCGGGUGCGCUCUUCUCCCUGGGUUGCCCUGGCCACCAAGUGCUGCAUUUCUUUCGGGGCACAGCCUGGCUCCUUAGGACAAGGUGCCCCGCUCCCUGCGGGGACGGGAUCGGGAUGGACAUCACAGCGCUGGGGCGGGAGCAGCUGCUGCCGGCAGAAACCUCCCAGGAAGGAGGAGAAGCGGCAGCAAAGGCAGAGAGAAGCAGCCAGGGGGGAGACGUGAGCUGGGAGCCAGCCCAGCCUCGGCACUGCCCUCCAGAGCACAGCGCCGGCCAUCCAGCUCCUCGUAAGCAUUAACCUAACUUGGAAUUGGUAUUUUCUAAAUACAGCAAUUUUGAAUCUUUUCGACGGAUGCUGCUGCACCACCCCGUGGAGCUGCUGGGCGUGCUCCUAGCAGGGCUGCUGGUGCCUUUUAAACAAGCUGCAGAAGUGGAGAGAGCCCUGCAGAGAAGAGUGGCCGUGGUGGGUUCUUCAGUGCUGCUUGUGGUGCCUCUUAACAUUACACUCAUCCACUCCAUACAAUGGGAGCGCCUCAAUGGCACUGUUUCCCACCCCAUCCUGCAGUAUGAGAGGCACAACCUGACCAUCCACAUGCCAUACAUUGCACGAGCCCAUCUGCAUGCAUCCAAUGGAUCUCUCCUCCUGGAGGACCUCCAGGAAAGCGACAGUGGCAUCUACAAAGUGACUGUCAACCGAGCAGAAAGGGAGAGCUUGACUGUCUUGCUGGAUGUCCUCAAGCCCGUGUCUCACCCUCAGCUCUGGAGCAGUGGCCUGGUGGCCAAGGCAAGCGGUGAGGUAGUGUGUGAAGUGGCAGAGGGCAGGGCAGACAUGUUCACCUGGAAAAAGGAUGGGCAGAUGCUUCCCCCAAACAGAAGUUACCACCUCUCUGGAAGUCUCAGUGUUUUGCGCCUGAGGAUGGCAAAGAAGUCGGACUGUGGCUCCUACUCCUGCAAUGCCAGCAAUGGAAUAAGCUGGCAGGAGACUUCCCUGAAUGUCACUGUUGCAGGUCUCUCCCCUCCUUUGCAGGAUGUGCUGAGGAUUUCAGUGGUUGCUGUGGUCUUUGCUGCUGUCUCAGGAUGGGGCAUAAUUUUUCCUGUCUGCCAGUCUGAAAAGCUAAGAAUAAGGGGAGAGCUGUGGAGGUGGCUCAGUGUCUACACCUGUGUGCUGGUGUGCAUCUCCUCCAUCUUAGCUGGUACUGCUGGGCUGCUCUGGAUGAGAGAAGAAGGCCCAUCUGUUGCUGUCAUACUGCCAGAGAUUUUCCUUUUGUAUGUGACUGUCAUCACCUUCCUAGUGGCCUCUACCGUGACAUUCCAGCCUACAAAGCUCGUCCAGCUUAAAAGCACAGCAGCACAGCGCACGAUGGGCUACGCUGCUCCAGGAGGGGUGCUCUUGGUGGUGCUGACGAGCAGCUUCCACAUGAAGAACAUCCACCAACGCCAUGAAGAAGGCUGUGCAGCAUUCAUGGAUGUCACCACCCUUGUGGUCAGCACAGCAGCAGUGUUGGCCCUGCCAAUCCUUGCCAUCUUCCUCUGUUAUCACACCACACAGGGGUGGCUGCAGGAACACAACUCCAGUUGUGCAGACAAGGAAAGGUCCUUUGAGAUGUCCCUGCCCAUCAGCAAGGAUCCUGAUUUAAUCUCCUAGGCAUUGGCGAUAUUUCCUGUUCCUGUGUGGCUGGCUUAACAUGUUAAUAGAUCUGGGUUUCGUAGGUCUGAGCCUGUGAUAUCUUGGUGGUAAACAGCAAUGAAACGAAUCAUUUCAGUCUUUCCUUUCAACACAGCUCUUGGGAUUUCUAAUGCACAUUCUUUUCUGCUUUAAAACCAGAUUCGGAGUUAGAGAAAUGCCCUUCGAACUAGUUACAAGCACAUCUCUCACUAGUUUAUGGCAUUAAUUUGGCUGUGUAUGUUUCUGAGUGUGUGUGUAGGUAACCAACCAUGGCCCCUCCAGCCUUUUCCUGCUGCCACACAGGGCAAGAAGCUUGACUGCUUCUUCUCCACAUGCAGGUGACUUCAAGGUGAUUUACAAGGCAGGUUCAGGCUCUUUUCCCCCUUAUCCACAGCUCUGUGUGCUCCCUGCACACCUCCUGAAGACCUGUGCAAAUGAGAGGGCACACCUAAGGACUGUUGUUCUCACCUGGCAGCAUCUAUGCCUGCAGAUAAUUUCUUGUGCUUUAACUGUAUUUGCUGAAAUGCAAAUUACUCUGUAUAAGCACUUUGCCUGUCACAGACUGACAAUGGCUCUUCUGAUCCUUGCUGGCUUUUUCUGCACAGGAAGGAAAAUAUGUGGUGUUUUGGAGAGUGGUGUGUAGGCCAAAUAUGAGCGUUGUUUGCAUAGAGGAUUUCCUGCCCACACUGCAGCAUGGGGAAGUGGAGGUCUGGUUCCAGGCAGCCAACAGCAUUCUGAAGUGUGAUAUUCAGCUUUUUGCCAGCACUCGAGAGCAUUCUCUGCUGGGCCAGACCGCAUCUGUUUUAGCGGUGAGGGUUAAGAAUUCGUUCCUUUCUAUAGCUUUUAAAAUUCUCUUCUUCAGUUCACCCCAAGCAGCAGUAGCUGAGCGCUCGAGGUUCUGCAUGAGGGUUCCUCGCAGCUGGUCCGAGGGGAAGCAAACACAAACCCUCCCUUUGCAAGGAAAAUAAUCUCCCUGCAACAGCAAACUGAUGGAUGUGGUUACAGGUGGCAGUACCCCCUCUCAGGGGCAUAGGUUGUGUUUGUCUAUCUGCCUGCCACCUGUCACACUUUCCUGUUGCCCUGAUACAUGAAAUUAUCUAUCAAUAUUCUGUCUUUGCUUAGUUUUGUUAGCAGUCUUGGUUUCUCUGCAAUACCAUUAAGCUUUUGAAAGUUAUAUAAUCUAGCAAGCCAGGGCCGGCUGUGGGAUGCAAUGAUCAGACCAUGGAAGGAGAUGCUGGUCUCAGCACAGAGUGCCCCAGUAUAGGGCUGUCCUUCCCCAGGGGCAGCAGUUUGUAUUUCCCUUUGCUCUCAAGCCCACUUAGCUCCCCCUAGAUGCCAGCAUCACCACUGGUGCCACUUAUCCCAGCUUGGUGGCACUGCUGAAGAUGCUGAGCCCUGGGACACGCUGCCAGCAGGGUGCUGUGCUGCUGCCUGUGACUAAGCUGUUGUGC